AUGGCCGCCCGACGUCUACCCAGCAGAAUUCUCGGCGUCUCGGUCUGUACGGCCAUCGCCGCGGGCAGCGUGUACAGCUUCCUCGUCUACCAGAAAAUCAAAAAUAUCGAAACGAAAAAGAUCUCGGUGGCCGAGACGAUACCCGAGCACUUUCGCCAAUCGUGGUCCGUCAAGGACCAUCGUGACGUGUCGGACGAGGUCCUCCUUGCUAGGUUUGUGAACGGGUUCUUUGGCGGACUCGUCAUUGGGCCGGAGAGGCUUGUGCUGCAAACUGCGCGCAUGAAUUUGGUGCACUUUACGAAAACCGGGCACGCGCAGAAGCAGAUAUGGUCUGCGAAAGAGAUUCCAGAAAUGGGCCUUCCUCGGCUUCACACGGCACUCUUUGGCGUCUUUCAGGUCACUGACCGCUCUCUCGAUGUAAAGCACCCCGGUAAAGACGGUCAGGCCAUGCACAGCUACGUCGAUUUCAGCUUCGGAAGCGAUACGGCAAGGUUCGCGGGCGUUCACCGGUUCUCGAUUGUUCAUCCUGCCGAGCAGGAGGAGUCCGAUGGUAAACGGAUAGUGCAGAUCCGCCAAGAGAGCGCGUGCUGUAACCCCAUCUCGACGGAACCGUUGAAGCCAGAGAUCAUGUACACGUUCCACAUGGCGUACGCUCAGCUGCUCUUUAGGGAAGGAGUGUCGGAGAUUGUAAGGUGGUUGGAGGAAUCGAGGUGA